GUCAGCACCAUGCAACGAGAUGAAGAAGCAAGAUGAACAACAUGAAGGAGGCUCAUCUACGCCUCCAACUCUAGAACGUUCUUGCUCUACUACAGCGUCUAUUGCUGCUGCACCUCCUCCUCUGCCUCAAACUCAGAGUUCUUCGUCACAAAUGCGUGCUGCGUCAUCUACUUCUACAAGUGCGCACCAAUCCCUCCUACAAGUUUCCCGCAAUAGUGCGUCAUCUACUUAUAUAAGUUCGCCAGCCGCCUUACUAGAGGACUAUCGAGUAUUCCAGCUCCGUUGGGAUUGUCCGCACAAUACUCGCAGAUUCGCGUCGCCACAACAUCUUAGAAGUCGCAGGGACCACAAGACGAGAACAGUGCCACAUAGUAGUUUUGGAGGUGGGAAGAAUUCGAAGGCGCCACCUACUUCGUCUUCGUCUAGUUCUAGCUAUAGUACAGCACAUGGAGGAGCCCGUCGUGGUGGAUUGGUCGAUCUUACAAGAGGUAGUGGCCCUUACGAUUUUCAACCUGAUCUGGCAUCGUUCGUGCGUGGAGGUAGCGAACUACUAGCACAUAGUCGGACCGCAUCAGCAGACAGCCUCUGCACGCGGCCGAGUACGGUUAGUAGCAGCCUUUUAUGACAGGGAAGAAAAGACUAGGGUGGAUCAAUAAUUAAGUAGUAAAUAGAGCGAUUAUUCUGAUUGUCAUUGGUGUUCAAUAUCAACAAUGGGAUGAUUUUUACGUACAUUCACUACAUUCACACUUUCUCAUAGAGCAUCAAACCACUGACCUAUUCCAAUAUAUAAUGUUCUCCUUAUUUCUUCAACUUCAUAUCUCGAUUCCGUCUUUUCCGAUUGUAACCUGCCAAGCACGCCAUCCGCAAGUUCCGUAGCAGAUACGACUCCAAGGAGUGACCUCGUAGGACUUGCAGAGCCUUCACCAGAAGUACAUCAACCUGUUAGUUCUUCUUCGUCUAGUUCAGGGGCCUCCACUCUGACGAUGCUGAAGAACAACAUCAAGAGCAGCACAGCGCAGUUACUAGCUUCUGCACCUUUAUUCUCAACAGGAGGGUCCUCGUCUUCGUCAUCAUCUUCGAAGAUGCAACUUGUUGUACCACAGGAUAACGACUGUAAGGGUAAGCCUACUACUACAAGAACUACAGCGGCACCAUCAUGUGGUGCACGUGGAGAAGCAAUCCCAGGUUUUUUCAAUAAUGCAGGUGGAAGAGCAAGAAAAGACCGCCAUAGACCUCCACAACACUGGAUAAGCACACAGAGUACCAAAAUGCAGGAGCAGAUGAGUCGUGUGCAGCGUGGAUCGUCGUUUCAUUUAUGGAUAUUUAACACUCAAAUGAACAGUACACAUAGACUCAUAACGUUCCAUGUAUAAAUUAACACUCAUGUACAACAAGACACUCAACAAGUUCAUAUCGUUCCUAUGUAAGUACCUCAUUCAAUCAUCAGUACCAGACCGACGUAGUGGGAGUUAUACGAUCCUCCAUUACUUAGGCUGGCUAGACGACCUCUAAUCCGACCACACGAAGGCUGCGACUGUAUUCGCUGUAGCGUCGCACUUUUGGACAAGCAUCGUGAUGUGAGCAAUUUCUCACACAGCUACAUUUAAGAGUUUCGACAUUGCAUUCUUCACCACGAUGCUUCACCCGUUUGCCAGUAGGAAAAGGGUCAACAAGGAUGAUCUGAGGAAUGCGAUAUCGUAGCCUCUAAUGCCUGUAUUCCUACUGCCUGUGGUUGUUGCAGUUUGGUACUCGGAGUUUCUUUUUGAACAAGAAGAUUGUGCCGACUCUCCGAUUCCUCGGCGAUAUCAAGAUGCCCACUCUGAUCGUGCCCUUUAAGAGGACAAGCAGAGCAAGAUUUUCGUUGCCGGUACUAUUUUUAGGAUAAAGACCGACGCACAGCGGAUUCACUACUAAUUUGAGGAGUGAUGAAUUUGAGUCGCAAUUUGGAUUGUCACUUCUCGUUUUGAUCUACAUCCUCUAGUCCUCCAUGACUAUCUCUUUCCCUGCUUCAACAUUCGAUGUCUUUCAGGUUCGCGAUCCAGACGAAGUCCUCAACGAAUACUAUGGCAGAACCGGAGAAAGCCGGUCCCUGAGACGAAAGACCUAUUGGGGAACAAAGGAGAAACCUGAGGUGAAUCGCGGUAGAGAAGCACGGCUCAAGGAGAUCAAAUGUGACUGGCUGUGGCCCAACCGUUUGACUCCUCAUUUAAACGGCCGAGGAUCAAAGGCGAAGAGUGGUUCGUCGUCGAGUGGUAGGAAGAACAAAGAUUUUAAUUUCUGUAGUACCUCUAGUAGCAGUAGCACUAGCACUACCGGUCGUGGUAAAAAUCCUGAUAAUGGAGCAGCGGCUGUUCCUUCUUCAGCUGGUGGUACAACAUGUUGCACGCCAUCCUCGUGUGGACCACGACGAGGCGACUACUCAGGCUUUGAUGACUCUAGUGCUCCAUACGAUGAAUACGAGGGCUUCGAAAAUACAGAGGAAGGUGGCUACAGCAGUGAAGAGGAGACAUCACCGGCCGCUGCAGCAGCUGACCUGUUCAACGAUAGGAACAAAGUAACUGCUGGGAACAAAACCUUGUCCUCUAGAUCUAGUAACGAUGAAGAUUACGGAGAAGCUUCAGCUUGCAUUGAUCCAGAACUAGUAAAGCAUCUGCGGAAUGCGUUGCCACGACCGCAGCGGAAGAGCAGUCGAGGAGAUGGUGAAGCUCCAGACGAAGUUCCACCACCUCAUCUCCCGUCUCAGAGGAUGAGUUCCUCUCCAUCUUGCGCAUCAUCUUCAUCUAGUAGCUCUUCUCCGAAAUUGACGAAACAAGAGGUAAAGAGCCUACGGUGGCAUCGUUACAGAAGCAAAAAGCCAGAAUUUGUCGUGAAGUCUGAUCCGCGAUUUUUAGCUGCACUGAGGAACCCAAAGCAGCGGGUGAUAUACUUCAUACACGGAGGAGGGUAUUUCUCAACAUGGUAAAUUGUUGGAGUUUCAUACAUUUGAUUUGCACGGUCUUCAAGAAGAUCAUCUACUAUGAUAAGCAAUCUUUUCUUGAUUAAAGAACACUGGUUAGUAUUUUUUCCGGCACAAGAUUAGAGAGAACCUCUUCCAGGUACGUCGUCUGUUCCACCCAGACACAUCGCGGCUUGGAGUACAAUCUAGUGGACAAGACUGGCUAUAUGUUGUUCACGAUAAACUAUAGACGACCCCCAGACGUCGACAUCGUUGUAGCGAUAGACGACUGCUUGCGAGGGUACUCCUCCGCCAUCUUUGCUUUUGACGAAGUAUGUAGAUGUACACAUAACAUCAACAGAACUAGUACCCAAACUACGCAUAAUGCUCUCUAUAUCCAUGGACACGAAGCAAAGAGGAACUAUAUCCUCGAUUACUACCACCUCUCAGAUACCUCCACCUUACCCAAACGUUGGGCAUCGAUCCGUCUCGCAUAUCCUUAUUCGGCGACUCAGCCGGAGGCGGUCUCUGCUUCAAUCUGAUGCAAGUGCUCAAGGGACAACUCUAUGGUGGUACUCUUCACGCCCAUGGGGCUCUGAGUCCUCUGAAAUCAUUCAGCAGUCGAAGAGCGACGUCUCUAGAUGGCAGGCGAGGCAAGUACGCAAGGCGAGAGAUGAAACAGAAAGUGUCAACGAGUCCGGAUUUGCUGCACAUAACCAGCACAACCUCUGCAGCCUCUGUGAUACCUGCUAGUGUAGCUGAUAUGAGAAUGAGUUCAAUAUCAUCUCCCUUGCGUGGCAAAGAGGAGCAGGACUCCUACAACACACUGCAAAGCUUUUCAAGCGGUCAACAAGAAGCUGCAACAGCAGCGAGCGUACUUCCAGAACCUGCAGAGAAGCAGGGUCCCGGUCCCUCAAUGGGACCUAGUAGUAGUAGUAGUACUACUACUACUACCAACUCAUCUGAUGAACAUCAAACAGCUGCUAGACAAAUAAACAAGAACAACUCAUUUAGCGAGAAGCAGAAAACGAACACCAAGACACAUGAUAUGCCAGGGAUGCCACGAAGUGCAGUGUUCAUUUCGCCAUGGGUAGACUUCACCGCUUCGGAGAGUUCAGAUGCGAGCUUCGUGCUGAACAAAAAAUUAGACAUCUUUCGACCAGAAGGGGUACUACGAUUUUCUUGUGCGGAUUUACCUAAUUCGGCUCCGUGCUGCACAAUUUUCUUGUACUAACAGUUUUUAGCUCCUUUACCUGAUAAUUUAUCGUCUCCACAUGCAGAUCUUGAGAGGUGGACCUGACUGACACUGGUGACGUGAAUGUGUAUCAUGUGAUUAUUUUUUCUUGACUCUAGUAUGACUCAUAAACUCGAAUUCCAGGUAAAGCGAAUCGCUAACAUCGUUGCCAGCGGGAGUCGAAGUGUAGAGCAUCUGUGGAACCCUCUCGUGUCGCCUACCUACUACGAGGAUCUGGCUGGGUUUCCGCCUAUACUAAUCACUGCCGGCGAGCACGAACUCUUUCGAGAUCAGAUCAUCGAGUUCGUGGAUAAACUUAAGAUGACUUUUUUUUAUUCAGACUGCCAAAUAGAUUCGCAUAAAGAGGACUUUUUUAGAUUUCAUUUUCUGGAGGAGCAUGCAACAUCUUAAUUGGAAGUACGGUACCUACCAUAAUAUUAGGAUCCGCAACAGCAAAUCAUGUGGGUUCGUAGAAUAGUCUCUCUCAAACCAUACACUUCUUAAGGAGCAUUUUGAUCUUACUUAGGACAGUACUACCUACCAUAAUCCUACUAGGUAGGGGGAAUUAUUGCUAAGAUGCUCCUGAAGAUGAAUUAAUAAGGUAAAAAUGGUAAGCUCUAACAAACUCAGGAGUGUAGGAGAUGAGUUCGAAAUAGCCGAGGAAACCAGUGGAGAGUCAAGCAUGGAGGCAGGUGAAGGCAUAGGACGAGCUGUAAGUAAAAAGAAUCACGUAGAAUUCGAAUUAUAUCAAGAUAUGUGCCACGUGUUUGAAAUUUUUUUUCCAGUUCAGGGCACUGCGGCAAGGGCAUUCGAUAGCAUAGUACGCUUCUACCAAGAAUAAAGCAUAUCAGAUGUCGUGAUCUGUUACUUUACAGGUUUAGACAUUUAGAUCUAGAUCUACCCAAAGCAAUUUCGCAAAUAACAGGCUAGUAAUACUAUGGUGCUGUUGUAGCUACUAGACCAACUACAAGAAUGAUAUUUCGUGGAGGUAUAAUUACUUCGACGUAUCAGUCUUUGAACUCCAUACAAGCAAAUCUGAAUCCGUAAAGACGCGAUGCCUUAUUUACGGAACGAGUUUAUAGUUUUCAAGAGUUGUUUCAAGUUCACGUUACGCAACAACUACGACGCUUAGACAUUUUUCCUUUUCCAUUUUGCAUAUUUGACUUCCUUCUCCUUGUUCUCGAUCGAAUAUUUAUUGUUAUGUCAUCCCCUCGUAGAAAUAUCCAAUACAACAGUUACGCCGGAAAGGGAGAUGUGGGACCUAAGAUUGUCCCACAUUCGUUUUCGCCAAUCGCGGCAAAGAUGUUGAGUUUUGACUUUUAUCAGCGCAUUAUCUUUUUCCAUAAAAGAAAGAAAUUACUUCCACUACCUAGUUAGUAGUUCCAUCCCGCUAGCUUCUACCCAUGGGGAUGAAUGAAUGAAUCAUAUUCUCCCUUUUGCACAGAAAUGCCGCACGCAGCGCUCCACUGAUAAUCCUUCCCGAGUCGGCGCGUUGUCAUGGGACGAUGCUCAUUUAGAGUGUAAGCACACAUCACAGCUGGGUGGCUCUCUCACUGAUGAUUUGGUAGGAGCGGGUAUCAAGCUAUUAUGCUGAAUUUUGACAGUGAUUUGCUAGUACUUCCAGCAAGCACUAUAAAGAUAAAAUGUUGUACUCGUAUUUUUUUGCAAUCCCCUGAGUGACUACGCUGCAUGUGCCUAUCGCGCGUUGUAACUUUAAGUACUCACCUGAUGGACUCAGACUGAGAGGUCUUAUUCAUCUGUCCUACUGUCAUAUGGACGCUUGCAGGGUAUCUAGAAUAAAUCAACAUCGACACAUCUUCAUCUUCUUUAUUUUUGGUUCAAUCUUUUUGAUGUUGGGCAUGUGUAUAAUUUCAACAUAAUUACUCUUGCUCUUACUCACACGGAUAAUGAUAAAAAAAGGCAGCGCAUCAUAUUAGAGAUUUUCAAGAAUAUCAAACAUGUUGGUUCCUUUCCAUGUCUUGUCAUCAAGUCAUUUUCAUUAUUUGGAAUCACGUAGGUCGAUACUCGUUAUCUUUCACUCAUGUUGAGUCCCUUCACUCACGGUUAUCUUUCACUCAUGUUGAGUCCGAGACUCCUGCACCCUCACUCAGGAGAGAUUGAUGGUCUAUACUAGAUUUUCUAUCAUGAGAAUUUAUUCUAUUCUAGGAAUAGCUUCUGCAUUUUCGAAUUUAUGUCCUCUGUAUUAAGAGGCAACACACUAAAGACUCCUAAAUAUUACUGUAAACGACGUAUGAUAUAAUAGGGAUACAUGAACCACCUAGCAUAGGCACAGCUAGAUUCCCGCCAGUCCCUGUUUCUCUUCUCCCGUUGUAUUGAGGGAAGUGAGCAGGAGAUGACCCUCGCCUUGGAGAUGACUCUCGUCUUGUUGUAGGCGUAGGUUCUGGAUGAAUUGACAGACUGGCUUGUGAUCUGUCGACCGUUUGUAUUACAGAGGCCUGCCUCGUC